AUGCGUGCCUCUACAGCUUCUAUGAUUCUGGCCUUCUGUGCCAUGGUCGCCGUUCAAGGCGCGCCAGUCAGCAGCGACUCUGCGAUCGUUGCCCGCGACAACAAUUUUGAGUACGAUGCGGCAGGAAACGAAAUUGAAAAGAGGGGAACACAUGACUUCGAAUAUGACGCAGAUGGAAAUGGAAAGUCUCCAGGAAUCAAAUUUGUGAAAUUGAGGAGAGAGGAACACACGACUUCGAAUAUGACGCAGAUGGAAAUGGAAAAAAUUGAGGAGCGAGGAACACACGACUUUGAGUACGCUGCAGAUGGAUCAGAGAUCGAAGAGAGAGAUUUCUUGUAUGACGCCAAUGGAGAUGAGAUCGACGAAGACAACAACCUGGUACACAAGCGGGAGCCAAAGAAGAAGGCCAAGAAGGCUAAGAAGGCGAAGAGAGAUUCAUUCGAGUACGAUGCUGAAGGAAAUGAAAUUCUGGACGAUGAAGAAGUUGAGAAGCGAGACUCUUUCGAGUAUGACGCUGCAGGAAAUGAGAUCGAGGAUGAUGAGCAGACCGAUUCAUUUGAAUAUGAUGCUGCUGGAAAUGAAAUUGAGGAUGAUCAAGAGGUUGAGAAGAGAGAUCCCAAGAAGAAGAAGGCCAAGAAGGCUAAGGCGUAG